AAGAGAAUAGGAAGCAAGUGGGUCUUGAGAGUAAAUCAAGGGCUAAGUGGCAAGAUUGAGAAGCAUAAAGCACACUUGGUGGUGAAGGGUUUUAUGCAAGUUAACAGAAUUGACUACAAUAAAAUAUUUGUAUCUACUAUCAAAUUCACCAUCUUAUAUACUAUUCUUGUAUUAGCUGCUGAGAUGGACCCCGAGGUUUACCAAUUAGAUAUGAAGAUGGCCUACCCAAAUAGAGUUCCCAACAAAGAGAUUUUCAUAGACUUGCCUGAGAGUUUCAAGUCUAGGAAUAAGAUUGUCUAG